CAAAACUACUUCAUUGAAGUAUAAAAACAAAACAAACUAAUAAUAGUAGUAGUGAAUGAAAAAGAUCCGCAUUUUAAAGUUGCGGAAUAACACCGCACGCUCCACCUCGUCGCGUAGAAUAAUCUUCGGUCUAACCUGAAAAUUAAGGUACGGUGACCUCUCGGCCUGCCGUGCCUAUUAAGAAAAACAAAACCCUACCCUUCUCACUCUCUCUUCCCCCUUUCUCUCUCCAACCCCCUCAUCACACCCAUCCCAAAAAAAUCACCAAAAACACUACCCACAAGAAAACCCAGCAAUCCGCUACCAAGAAAACCAUGAAAAUGAGGAAAAACAAAGGCAAAAUCCACCCUUCCCCUUCAUCGUCAUCUUCAUCCUCGUCCACGCCUCCAUCAAAUUCCCUUCCAAAUCAAAACGCCCUCUCCGUCCUAGCCCUGCUACCAGCCGCCAUCCUCGCUCUAAUCUCCGUCCUCUCGGCCGAAGACAAAGAAGUGUUGGCCUACAUGGUCACAAGAUCGAUGAACUCGGUCAAUCCGAGUCCUCCUUCGAGUGCAGAAGAAAAGAUCAAGAAAAGCAGCAACGGCAAGAAACUACUGGGUAGUAGUAGCAGCAGUAGUGGUGGCCUUAUUCACAAGGCGCCUUUUUUCGAUUGCGAGUGCUUCGACUGCUACAGGAGCUACUGGUUCCGCUAGGACUCCUCGCCGGACAAGGAACUGAUACACCAAGCGAUAGAGGAGUUUGAGGAGUUCUUGUUCAGCCAGGAGCAGGUGAAGAGGAGCAGCAGCGGGAAGGGGAAGAGGAGAGAGAGAAUCGGACGGCGGGGGCGAGAGAAGGCGAAGGAGGAGGAGACAGAGGAGGUUCUUGAGGAGGGUUUUGAUGUGGGUGUGGUGGGAAAUGAGGCGGAGAGUGAGGAGGCGGUGGCGGUGGAGGUGGAGGCGGAAGAGGUGGAGGCGGCGGCAGUGGUGGCGGCGGUGGGGAGGGAGGCGGCGGCGGUGGAUAAUUACAAUAAGGGUUUGGUGAGGAAGGUGUUGCCGGACGUGGUGGGGCUGUUCAAUUCGCGUUUGUGGGGGCUUUGGAGUCCGAAUGUGUAGGAUUUUGAAAUGUGGUCUGGGGAGAGAGAAAAAGUGUUUUUUUUUUUUUCCCUCAGCUGAAUGUUAAUCCCUAUAUAAUCUAUGGAGAAGUGUUUAUUUCCAA